AUGCUGCUGCUGCUGCGGCGGGCGGCGGCGCGGGCGGGGGUCCCGCUGCUGCGGGCGGGCCCCGGCUCCCCAGGCAGCGCCGGUCUGAGCCGCAGCGAGCCGCGGGCACGGCGUGGACGCGGCGGGGAGGAGGAGGAGGAGGAGGAUGAAGGGUGCUAUCAGCUGUACCCCGGGCACAUCCCCACCAGCCCGCUGCAGAAAGCGCUGCUGGCGGCCGGCUCGGCCGUCAUGGCUCUGUAUGACCCCUACAGACACGACAUGGUGGCAGUGCUCGGGGAGACCACGGGCUGCCUGGCCCUGCCCAACCUGCGAGACAAGAUGAAACACCACCCCGAAGGUUACCGCAUCCUCCAGGAACGUCCCCGCAUCUGUCUCUCCACCCUGGACAUGUCCCGGCUGCGGGAGCUGCCGGAUGGAUCGCUGGGCCGAGAGUACGUUCGCUUCUUGGAGGACAACAAGGUUUCUCCGGAUACCCGGAUGCCAGCCAAGUUUGUUGAUGAUGAAGAACUGGCGUAUGUAAUCCAGAGGUACCGAGAGGUCCAUGAUAUGAUGCACACCCUCCUGGGCAUGCCAACCAACAUGCUGGGCGAGGUGGUGGUGAAGUGGUUCGAAGCCGUCCAGACGGGGCUGCCCAUGUGUGUCCUGGGAGCAGCGUUCGGCCCCGUCCGCCUCAGUGCACGAAAGCUGCAGGUCCUGGCCACCGAGCUGGUUCCCUGGGCGAUCCGGAGCGGGCGCAAUGCCAGCUGCAUCCUGAACGUGUACUAUGAGCAGCGCUGGGAGCAGCCUGUGGAAUCCCUGCGGGAGGAGAUCGGCAUCUUCCCUCCCCCGGCUGUUUGUGUGUGAGAGCUCAACUAUGGAGGGGGGGGGACAGGGGAUCCCCAUUGGCAAACAGCACCAUCCCUGAGCGCUCCAUCUCCUCCUGUCCCGGAGCGCAGCGUGGCUCUGCUUCCAGCCACAUGGACCCGAGAGCUGAGUUCUCUCCUGCCAAGAGCUGGCACCUUCCUGUUGGUAGAGGCCAAGUGGCACCUCCCUGUGCUGUGACAAAACUUGCUCCUUUUUGCUGUUGGGGACUUGGUGGAGGGAUGGAUGGCAAGGCUGGGUCGGUUCCCAUGGCAGCCGUGCUCAGGUACUGAUGCUCCACAAUGUUGGCAUGGGGAUGGAGCAGAGCUGGUUUACAACACACUGCAGCAAAUGUCUGCCUUGGCCUUCUGCAGCUCUAGGGCUGUGUAGGUGAAUCCUUCCUUUAACCCUCCCUGGGAAGAUCAAGGCUUAAAGUCUUGGGGCUGCCCUGGACUGGAGCUAAAGCAGUGAUUUACAGAGCAAUCCGGGGGCAGGUUUGGUGUGUGCAAUAGGGACAUCCCAUCUUCUGCUGGUGCCUAACUGGUAUCCGGAUGUGCCUCAUGCCUUGGAGACUAAGCUGUGCAUGAUUGCAUGCCCACAGGAACAGGCAGGGAAAUACCUUUGGAUGUUAUCCCUGCUGGACUGGCUGUUCAAGAGCUGAUCCUGAUCUGCCAUGUCUCCCUAUAGUCAUCCCCCAUCAAAAAUGCUGAAAUCCACGUGCUUGUGCUGGGUUUCCAGUAGGAAUCAUCCCUUUCUUGGGUAACAAAAUGAUGUGAUUGGGAAUAAGGAGCUGAAUCCUCAGAGUGCAGAAACAGCGGCUGCUUGUGCAGCGUCUGGGAGCUGAUUGCUGUCUGGGUUAAUUAAACAGGGCUCCAGACAGCCAGUAGCCAGGGAGCAGAGCUGUGGGAUGCGAGGGCAGGGAGCUCCACAGCCAAAGGCUCUUUGUCCGUGUGGGUUUGCUGUUGAAACUCCGUCUUGCUUAAUAAAAUCCAAUGUGGAGCUUGCGGUUCA